UAAAAAUACCGCCCUGCGCUGGGAGCGCGCGCAGGGAGCGCGCAGGGAGCGCCGCAGUGCGCGGCUGCACGGAGCGGGCUGCGCCGCAGGGAUGCUCGCCCCGCUGCUGGGCUCGGCGGGCUCCGGCUGGCUGCUGCUGGAGUUUGCUGUUUCGCUCGUGGAGAAGAUGCAGGCUCAGGAAAUCCUGCGGAGCCUGCGGCUCCCUGAGUUUGAUGACCUCAGCCAGUUUUUCCGCAACCUGCCGGCCACGGCCCUGGUGGGCAUCGGUGCCUUUGCAGCCGUCGUCGCCUACUGGUUUGUCAGCCGGCCCAGGGCCGUGAAGCCACCCUGCGACCUGCGGAUGCAGUCAGAGGAAGUCGAGGGCGUGGAUGGAGCGCGCCGGUCAGUGAUCGGAGACAGCCCGCAGCUGCUGACGCACUACUACGAUGACGCCAGGACAAUGUAUGAGGUCUUCAGGAGGGGAUUCAGCAUCUCUGAAAACGGCCCAUGCCUGGGGUUCAGGAAGCCCAAGCAGCCCUACCAGUGGCUGUCCUACAAGGAGGUGACUGAAAGAGCAGAAGCUCUGGGUUCAGGGCUGAUUCAACAGGGCUGCAAGCCAUCCACGAAGCAGUUCAUUGGGGUCUUUGCUCAAAAUCGUCCAGAGUGGAUCAUUUCUGAGCUGGCUUGCUACACCUACUCCAUGGUGGUGGUUCCCCUCUACGACACCUUAGGUCCUGGAGCCAUUCGUUACAUUGUCAACACAGCUGACAUUUCCACAGUCAUUUGUGACAAACCUGAAAAGGCCAGAAUACUCCUUGACCAUGUGGAGAGGAGAGAAACGCCCGGUCUGAGCUCCAUCAUCCUGAUGGACCCGUUUGAGAAGGAGCUGACUGAGAGAGGGAAGCGCUGCGGGGUUCGCAUCCAGACCAUGCAGGAGGUGGAGGACUGUGGCCGUGGGAGUCGGCAUGUGCCUGUGCCUCCUCGACCAGAAGAUCUAUCAAUUGUCUGUUUUACUAGUGGCACUACAGGAAACCCCAAAGGUGCAAUGCUGACCCAUGGGAACGUGGUGGCUGAUUUUUCAGGCUUUUUGAAAGUGACAGAGAAAGUGAUCUUUCCGAGACAGGACGAUGUGCUCAUCUCCUUCCUGCCUCUGGCUCACAUGUUUGAAAGAGUUAUACAGGUAAGAAACCUGCCUGAACUGACGAGGCCUCGUGGGGCUCCUUGUGUUUUCUUCCAGAGUCAGUGGUCUCCUACUUGUGAGGAUGUACACAUUUCCUAUUUGCCUUUAGCACACAUGUUUGAGAGAAUGGUACAGUCUGUCGUGUAUUGCCAUGGAGGGAGAAUCGGAUUCUUUCAAGGAGAUAUUCGUCUCUUAUCUGACGAUAUGAAAGCAUUGCGUCCAACUAUCUUCCCUGUUGUGCCACGGCUGUUAAACAGGAUGUAUGAUAAAAUCUUCAGCCAGGCAGACACGUCCCUCAAGCGCUGGAUUCUGGAAUUUGCUGCUAAACGGAAAAAAGCAGAAGUUCGAAACGGGAUCAUUAGAAAUGACAGCUUGUGGGAUAAACUUUUCUUUAAUAAAAUACAGGCGAGUCUGGGUGGGUGUGUUCGCAUGAUCGUAACAGGCGCUGCCCCCGCGUCUCCGACUGUCCUGGGCUUCCUCCGUGCGGCACUUGGAUGUCAGGUAUACGAAGGUUAUGGCCAAACAGAAUGCACAGCUGGGUGCACCUUUACGACCCCAGGUGACUGGACAUCAGGUCAUGUAGGAGCCCCCUUGCCCUGUAACUUAAUCAGAUUGAAGGAUGUGGAAGAGCUGAAUUAUUUUGCUUCCAAAGGAGAAGGAGAGAUAUGUGUGAAAGGACCAAAUGUUUUCAAAGGUUAUCUGAAGGAUGAGGAGAAGACAAUGGAAGCGCUGGACCAGGAGGGCUGGCUUCACACUGGAGACAUUGGGAAAUGGUUACCUAAUGGGACGCUUAAAAUUAUUGAUCGGAAAAAGCAUAUAUUUAAACUUGCUCAGGGAGAGUAUAUUGCACCAGAGAAGAUAGAGAAUAUCUAUAUCCGCAGCGACCCUGUCGCCCAGAUCUACGUCCAUGGAGACAGCCUACAGGCCUUUUUGGUGGGGAUUGUGGUGCCCGAUUCCGAAGUUAUGCCAGGCUGGGCCAAGAAAAGAGGGUUUGAUGGAUCAUAUGUAGAACUCUGUAAAAACAAGGAACUGCAGCAAGCGAUAAUGGAAGACAUGGUACGGCUGGGUAAGGAGAGUGGGCUUCACUCCUUUGAGCAGGUCAAAGCCAUUUACAUUCACUCUGAUAUGUUCUCAGUACAAAAUGGUUUGUUGACACCAACGUUAAAGGCUAAGAGACCAGAACUGAGAGAUUACUUCAAAAAACAAAUAGAAGAGCUAUAUUCAAGCAUCUCCAUCUGAAACCAUGGGAAGAAUCUUGUGAACAAUGGACUUUGUAGCAAUAUUAGAAUAAUACUCAAAAGUACAGAGCAAGAACGACACAGCUGAAAUGGAUAAGCAUCUGAAUCUUAUAUUUGAGCCUUGCAUUGUUCUAGGAUUUCACCACUAACCAUAAUUUUCCUUCUUUUUCCAUUAGGCGUGAUACAGUUUAUUUUUUACUUUAUGUACACAGUACAGUACUACUAAGAAUUAUGCUAAAUUUCCACAAAAUAUACAGAAAUUUCAGUCUAUGACCAAGUAAAUUACAGAAACUUAUGUUAUUAAUGACUACAAACAUUUCUAAUUAAAAUAGGGAUGAUUUCAGGUAUAUCUGUUGAUAUUUGAUUGUAUGUAACCUAAUACAGUAGACACUAAAAUUGUGGAUAACUCAAUAAUGUGGUCUACCUCAAACAAUCAGCGAUUGAUGUUGAAAGUCUGUUUUCCCUGAUCUGGAACUUUGAGAUGGAUAUUUGUUUCUAUAUUAAGCGAUAGUUUUUAUAUUUUCCAGGACAUAAAUUGCAUUGGUUUCAUUUAAUUAUUAAUGACCUCACUAACAACCAGAACAUAAAUAGAAAUGCAUCUCCCACUAUGUGUCUAUUUAAUAGACCUGUUAGUAUAUUACAUCUAAUGGAUUAAUAUGACCUUGGAAUUAAAAGAACAGGUUAGGAAAUAGGCUAGAAUUUCUGUUUCAUCUGAGCUCAGUACAUGGCAUGCAGAUUUUGCGUUAGGGCCUCCUCCAGCACAGUUGCGCUCGUGGACAUCGGAACUGCUCAAACAGAGAAGGUUGCAAAAGCAUGGCUGGGUCUGUGGCAGCUUUCCGAGGGAGCUCCCGUUAACCCGGACGCUCCCGAUUCCUAACCAAUGACUUUACACGUUGCUAAUACUGUGUAGUUCAGCUGGACUAAUUCCCUUUCCGAAACAGUGCUUGAGAGAUGGAGCACAAGGUGCAAGCUGCGAUCCUGAACGGGGCUCAGCAAAACGAAUUGGUUUGGGAGAAAAGCCGUCCUGAGGUGCAGCAAGGGAGGACAUCCCAUGCCCCACGGGGGGAGGAAGAAGUGCUGCUCUGAAAGACCCACGGCGAUGGGUGGAAGGCUGUGUUCACCAGCACUGUUGUAACAUGUCGUGGUGCAGUAAAACAUUGGAUGUGGCUGCAGACAGGCCUGCUAAGAAAGCAUCUCUUAUGUUCCUACGCCUGGAAGCCUCAGUUCCUGCUGUCGUCACUACCAGGUGUCUCUCUGGAAUAAACAGCCAGUGGUCUGGAUGGAACCUGGGAUUUCCCAGCUGGUUGUAGCCAUUAGAAAGUGGUUGGUAAGUCCCGUGUGGAACAGGGACCGACUCUACAGUUCUCUCCUCAUAGAAAACAAUGCAAAAACUGUAACGUCAAGUGGCUUGAAUCCGUGGACUGUCAGUGGCUUCCUUCUGCUAAACAGGGUCCUAAAUAUAUGUGUGUAUUUUAAUAGCUGCUCUUUGUUGCACCAGUGCAUACUAGCAUGGAGCUGUGCCUGCUAGAUCUUCUUUGCUAGGACAGUGAAAGCACACAUACUUUCUCUCUUCAACUGGAAUCUACUGUAGGCUUUUGAAGCUAAGAGUUUAAAUUUUUAAUCUAAACAAUCUCUUAUUUUCCCUCUGAAAUUCCAUUGCAUGCUUCAAAAUGAAAUAAAUGGAAUUAAUGAGUUAGUGUUACACAAAGACUGAUUUAUUGUAGUAAGUUCAGAACAAAAUGAUACAAAGGAAACCGUAUCAGCUAACAUAAUCACUCAUAAAAAUUACGUAGCGAUUGGAUUUGUCAAAUGUGGGAGGAGUUGUUGAAUCAGUUUUUGCGCCUGAUUCGUCAUUUAAUUCCAGUGCAAUGACUCAUAUCAGUUCAAAGCAAAUACGAAAUACUGCUGCUGUGAUCUGAUGGUAUUGUACAUUCAUUUUUCACCAGUGUAAACAGCAACAGCAUCCCUGGGGGACUUGCGUCUGCUACAUCUGCAGAGGAUAGGAAUUACUGUCUAAAAUCUGGCUCUUUAGGUCAAAUCAGAAAGGAUUUUCGUCUCUGCAGAGUCUAGUUCAUCUCCUUUUGUAUCAGCCAGAAGACUACACACGCAGCCUUCAAAGUGAUGAAGAAUUAGAUUCCCUACAAUUUCCUGUCUGUUUUGAUGUGACAUACUUACGAAAUAAUAAUAAAAAAAAAAAACAGUCAUCUAGAUAAGUACAGAAAAGCUAUUUUCCACUGACCUUUUUCUAUCACAUGGAUUUAAUUUACUUAUCUGCUGUGAUGAUUUCAGUUCACCAGACUUCUCUACACAACUAAACUCUGACUUCGUAUAAGUAUAGAAGAUCCCAGCAUGAGUUUAUUUAUGGCUUAGAUGGCUGUCCUUUCUACAUGUAGAAUGCUGAAUAAUCUAUCCAUACUCUUCUUUUGGUAUUUGAUUCAAAAUGUCUGGUGCCCUAGAGCCAAAGAUAUGGACACCAAAAGAAUAAGAAAGAAAACACAGACUUGGCCACAUGAGGGUGAUGCAGAAUUUAGGAGAGAUUGUGUUGUCACACCAAAAGUGUGAACACUUUUCAGAACAUGUGAAAAGCUGGAUAAAUAAACUCAAGCUCUCUUUAAUACAUUCUUGUGUAAUUGGAUUUUCCUCUGCAGGUCACUCUCUCUUGCCACAAGCAGAAUGAUGUAAGAGAUUAAAACUCAGAAAUAACACGUGUAACGCAUGCACCAGGCACAAACCCGCUUCUCUUCAGAUUCCAGGAUUCUUUAUUUUGCAUUGAGCGUUUUUAAUCUGAAAUACUUGUGAUCACCAGGGCUGUCCAAUAACCAGGUGUGUUUUUCCUCAAGAUAACUAAAUACAAAAUUAAGUUUUUAGUAUCUGUCUUAUUGAAAGAGUUGAGACCCAGGUACCAUGGUGUCAGUGCAACGCGAGUCACCCUUCACUGCAAACAGCCCUGUUCUUGGUGGCUCCAGGAUGGCUGGUUUUAAUGAGUCGCUAUCCUCUAGGGGUUCACUCUGCAAUUAAUGGACAAACAGAUCCCUGAAAUGAGAACAGCCGCCUUCUGCCAUUGCCAGGGGAUCGGUGGGUGGUCGGGGCACAACGGGGCUGUCACUCGUUGUCACAAAUGCACCCUCACCCAGAGCAGCCGAGAGGGACAACGCCGUCGUGUGCCCUCUCCCCAAAGAGCUGUGUGGCCAUCAGCGGGCUGCGGGCGGUGGGGUGUCCCUGGACAUCUUACACACAGCGGGGCAUUCCUGGUGCUAUGCUGUGAAGCCCCUGGCAGGCUCUCCAGUGCACGUGUAUAAAAAACA